UAAAACAUAUGGUCACCCUACACUUACGAUUUCUAAAAUUCGUAUUUUUCCAGUAGGAUGGUGGAGAAAAUUCCGUCUCUUGCCACGGCUUUACUCCUGGGUUGGGUAGCAUGGUGUACAUGAUAUAGUCAGGAAAUUCACAGUGCAAGCAACACUAUCAAGAAAAGAUGCCCAAAUCAUCAUCCGAAGUGGAAAAGGGCACGGUGAUUCUUCAUCAAUUUGAAAGGGCUCGGACUUGUCCCAGUCCGUCUCCAUAUCCGAUCAAACUUGAGACCUUUCUCCGCAUGGCCAAAAUCAAGUAUGUGAACGAUUUCAAGACUCCCAUGAGCCCCAAAGGAAAAUGCCCUUGGAUCGCUUUGGACGGAACAGAUGUAGCAGACUCUCAAUUGGCCAUGGAACAUCUCAAGGACCAUUUCCAGCUAGACCUGUCUGCUCAUUUGAGUCCAGAAGAAAAGGCCAUUAAUCGAGGAAUGCGUUCCAUCUUGGAGGACCAUCUAUAUUUCACUACAGUCAUGGAGAGAUGGGUGUUCCACAAGGGGAAGUUCGCCAGGGAGAUUAUGGCCCCUCUUCCGGCGCCCAAGUUUCUUCAAGGAUUGAUUAUCUCGAGUGUGUGUAGGAAUCUGAAGAAGCAAUGUGUUGCCCAAGGAUUGGGUCGUCAUACUCAAGCAGAAUUGGAGAAAAUGACUUUAGAGGAUGUGAAGUGUCUGUCUGACUAUUUGGGAGAUAAACCCUAUCUCAUGGGAGACAAACCAACCGAGAUUGAUUGCGUCUUAUUCGGAUUCACGUGCAUGGCGAUUUAUGCCACACCAGAACAUUCAAGUUAUCAUAAGUGCUUGAUGGAGGAUUUCCAAAAUUUAAAGCUCCACAAUGAUCGCAUAAAAUCCGAGUUUUGGCCGGAUUGGGACGAAUGUAAAUGGAUUGAAAAAAUGAGUUGAAGAAUUGCAUACAAGACACGAAAACUAAAUAAGUUUCCAAUGUUACUUGAGCUUGUUUUUUUUUAAUUCUUGGAGAUCAUCAAACAACAUUUUCAUUUGGUAUGCAUUUAUGUGCCAAGUGUUUGGGACAUGUGGUCUACAUUAUUUAUAACGUAUUCGUAUGUUGCUCAUGUUGUAUAUAUAUAGCAACAAAAUUA